GGCAAAGGCACUUGGCUCAGUAGAUGGGAUCUCAGCGCAAUGGGAAACAUGUCAGGCUCUUGUUGGCUCCUUCUCAGCCUUGUGGCUGUCACUGCUGCUCAGUCCACUGUCGAGGAACUGACCGUGACAUUUUUGGACAAGUUUAACCAAGAAGCUGAAGACCUCUCUUAUCAAAGUGCACUUGCUUCUUGGGAUUAUAACACCAACAUUACUGAAGAGAAUGCCCAAAAAAUGAACGAUGCCGAGGCCAAAUGGGCUGCCUUUUAUGAAGAACAGUCCAAGCUUGCCAAAACGUAUCCACUGCAAGAAAUUCAGAAUCUCACAACCAAGCGUCAGUUGCAGGCACUUCAGCAGAGUGGGUCAGCGGCGCUCUCAGCAGAGAAGAUCAACAAAUUGAAUGAAAUUCUAAGCACAAUGAGCACCAUCUACAGCACCGGACAAGUUUGUAACCCAAGUAAUUCACAAGAGUGCUUAUUGCUUGAACCAGGUUUGGAUGAAAUAAUGGCAAAGAGCACAGACUACAAUGAGAGGCUGUGGGUUUGGGAAGGCUGGCGGUCUGUUGUCGGCAAGCAGCUAAGGCCGUUAUAUGAAGAGUAUGUGGUUCUGAAAAAUGAAAUGGCAAGAGCCAACAACUAUGAAGACUAUGGGGAUUAUUGGAGAGGAGAUUAUGAAGCCGAAGGGGCAGAUGGCUAUGACUAUAGCCGCAACCAGUUGAUUGAAGAUGUGGAACGCACCUUCUCGGAGAUUAAACCACUCUAUGAACACCUCCAUGCCUAUGUGAGGACAAAGCUGAUGGAGAAGUACGAUUCCCAAAUGAGCGCUACUGGAUGCCUCCCUGCUCAUUUGCUUGGUGACAUGUGGGGUAGAUUUUGGACAAACCUGUACUCUUUGACAGUCCCCUUUGGACAGAAACCCAACAUAGAUGUUACUGACACAAUGGUGAACCAGGGCUGGGAUGCAGAGAGGAUCUUCAAGGAGGCAGAGAAAUUCUUUGUAUCUGUUGGUCUCCCUAGUAUGACUCAAGGAUUCUGGGAAAACUCCAUGCUAACUGAGCCAGGAGAUGGCCGGAAAGUUGUCUGCCACCCUACAGCUUGGGACCUAGGAAAGGAUGACUUCAGGAUCAAGAUGUGCACAAAGGUGACAAUGGACAACUACCUGACAGCGCAUCAUGAAAUGGGACAUAUCCAGUAUGACAUGGCAUAUGCCAUACAGCCUUUCCUGCUAAGAAAUGGAGCAAAUGAAGGGUUCCAUGAAGCUGUUGGAGAAAUCAUGUCACUUUCUGCAGCCACUCCUGAGCACCUGAAAUCCAUUGGCCUUCUUCCAUAUGAUUUUCAUGAAGACAAUGAAACAGAAAUAAACUUCCUACUCAAACAAGCACUCACAAUUGUUGGAACUCUACCAUUCACUUACAUGUUGGAGAAGUGGAGAUGGAUGGUCUUUAAGGGUGAAAUUCCCAAAGAUCAGUGGAUGAAAAAGUGGUGGGAGAUGAAGCGAGAGAUCGUCGGGGUGGUAGAACCCCUGCCCCACGAUGAAGCCUACUGUGACCCUGCCUCUUUGUUCCAUGUUGCUAAUGAUUAUUCAUUCAUCCGUUACUACACAAGGACGAUUUAUCAAUUUCAGUUUCAAGAAGCCCUUUGUCAAGCUGCUCAACAUGAAGGCCCCUUGUACAAAUGUGACAUCUCAAAUUCCACGCAAGCUGGGCAAAAGCUGCUCAAUAUGCUGCGUCUUGGAAAAUCAGAACCUUGGACCUUAGCAUUGGAAAAUGUUGUAGGAGCAAAAAAUAUGGAUGUAAGACCAUUGCUCAACUACUUUGAUCCCUUGUUAACCUGGCUGAAAGACCAGAACAGGAAUUCUUUCGUAGGCUGGAACACUGACUGGACUCCCUAUGCCGACAAAAGCAUCAAAGUGAGGAUAAGUCUAAAAUCAGCUCUGGGAGAAAAUGCAUAUGAGUGGAAUGACAGUGAGAUGUACUUAUUCUGCUCAUCAAUUGCCUACGCCCUGAGAAAGUACUUUUCAGAAAUCAAGCAGCAGACAGUUCCUUUUCGAGAGCAGGAUGUGUGGGUGAGUGACUUGAAACCAAGAAUCUCCUUCAAUUUCUUUGUCACUUCUCCAAACAAUGUAAGUGACGUGAUCCCUAGAAGUGAAGUCCAAGAAGCUAUCAGGAUGUCCCGGGGCCGUAUCAAUGAUAUUUUCCGCCUGGAUGAUGACAGCCUGGAGUUUGUGGGGAUUCAGCCAACACUAGCGCCCCCUUACGAGUCGCCUGUCACUGUAUGGCUGAUUGCUUUCGGGAUUGUGAUGGGAAUUGUACUGUCUGGCAUUAUUAUCCUGAUCUCUACUGGAAUAAGAGAGCGAAGGAGGCAAAGGCGAGCAAAAAGAGAAGAAAAUCCUUAUGGUUUAGUGGACUUGAAUAAAGGAGAAACUAAUCCAGGAUUCCAAAACAAUGAUGAUAUCCAGACUUCAUUUUAGAAAAGUCCUUUUCUUUUUGAGGUGAAGUUA